UUGUUUCGAUGUUGGUCAUUUAUUCUCUUUCAAGAACAUUCUAAGUACGUUCUAAAGCUCACAGUAAGACAAGAUGUAAACCAUACUAUAGGAACAUGAGCAGCAUGAAGAUGGUAUAAUCAUUCUCAAAAAAGGCAUUGUGAUCUAAAAAAAAAACGUAACAAUGAAAGUUCUAAUUUUAAAGUAUCGUAUUUUUCUUUUUGUCACGAGAGAAAUCUGACAAAUCGUUCCUUCAAUACGUUUUGUGUUUCGUAACAAAAGAACCAAAGAACUAUUCUUUCUUUCUUUCGGCUUCAAUUAUCAAUUAGCAAUUAUACAUAAGAAACUUAUUGGAAAGGUCAUAGGUGUUACAUGGAUUUACUUUUGGCCAUAGACUAGAUUCAGCAGCUACUGUAAAAAACAUAUCUUUGGUGCAUCCUCCAUUAUUAUACAAUAGUUUACAUACUAAAAAGAAAAGGAACUAAUUUCAUUAAAAGGGUGAAAUUUAAAUAAUGUCAAGACUGGGUACUUACAAGAGAAAAGGAUCUCCAGAAGAAAGUAUUCCAACCAUUGAUUCCCCAAUUUAUCUAAAUCAAAUAGCAUCUUUACCAAAAGAGGAGAAUGUACACUGUCUGUCCCUAAAGCAACUAAUUGGGAGCCCUCAAUUGAAGCAGACAUGGCAAUUCAACUUUUGUGUGGACUUAAACUUUAUCCUUGAAAAUAUACACCCAAAAGUGUUCCGAACGGUUGAUAUACGAAUAACUCAUGGAUAUGACAAAACUUCGGAUAGCUUGGCGAGACUGACUGCUCAAAAGGAACAUUGUCCUAUUCACGUCCACCUGUACAGUGUGUAUGUGCCCAUGUGGGGAACCCAUCAUUCCAAAAUCAUGAUUAAUUUUUUUGAAGAUGAAUCAUGCCAAAUUGUAAUUCAUACGGCAAACAUGGUUGAGCCCGACUGGAUUGGCAUGUCCCAGGCUAUAUACAAAACGCCGCUGCUGUUUCCCAAGUCAAGAGGAACACCCUCGGUAUCUACUGUUCCCGUUGAUGAAGAGGAUACAUUAAGAAAAAAAAUGAAGAGUGAUGUUGAAAUUGUAGAUGUUGAUGCCGAAACGGACGAUGAAAGCCCUUUGGAAAGCGAAAUGAAUUCAAUCGGACAACAGUUUCAGGAAGAUUUUUUAAAUUAUUUAAGCAAUUACAAUCAUACUAAAGAGCUUAUUAAUAAACUGAAAGAUUAUGACUUCUCAAACGUUCGUGCUGUAUUUCUUGGCUCUAUACCUGGAAAGUUUAUGGGCGAUAAAGAAACCCAAUGGGGACUCGGAAGACUCAAGCAUGUACUUAGAGAGGCAGAGAAGAAAGAAAAUAAAAAAGGGAAGAGGUUUUUGGACACGGAUGUUUGCGUUUCGCAAUGCAGCUCCAUGGGAUCGUUCGGUCCGAAGCAAGAUUAUUUAGAAGAAUUGAUGGAAGCGUUUCAUUGCAAGAGAAACCAAUGGAAGUUUAUAUUUCCUACGGUAGGGCAAAUUCAACAGUCUAUGUUGGGAUGGCAAUCUGGGUCAUCCAUUCAUUUUAACAUCUUAGGAAAGACUAGUAUGGAGCAGGUUGAAGAUUUGCGUCGAAAUCAUAAUUUGUACAAAUGGGGAUCAAUGAAAGCUGGAAGAGAAAGAAUUGCUCCACACAUCAAAACGUAUCUUCGCCUAAAUGAGUCUGGUGACAGGAUUCGAUGGGCGCUAGUAACAAGCGCCAAUUUGAGCAAACCAGCUUGGGGGACAAUGGAAGGAAAGGGUGUGAAGUCAAAGACCGCCCGUGGAUUAAGGAUAAAAUCAUAUGAGGCAGGCGUGCUAUUCUUCCCUCAAUUAUUUGAAAAUAGCGGAGGUACAAAUUCACCAAUUUGCAGUAUGGUACCGACUUACAAAACCAAUUCGCCUGAACCUGUUAUUAGAUCCACUAAAGAAAAUUUGGAUAAUCCUAAAUCUCAAUUACAAAUUGGGUUUCGGAUGUGUUGGGAUUUUCCACCUAAAGAGUAUGCACUCAACGACGAGAUUUGGUCACCUGUCGUUCCACGAAAAGACAAGGACUGGCUAGGGUAUACUUGGCCUCCAACGUGGACAUAACUGGAGUUGUGUUAACUAAUUUUGUGGAAGAGAAAAUCGCAAUGAACGAGAGCACAAUGGUAGAGUCGAACCGGCUUAGAUGAAAAGACGUAUAUACAUCACUAAUAACAUUUUUUGUCUCUUUAAUUUAGAGGUAAAGAAUAUUCUGCUGUUUAUGGCAACUCACGUAUUUGUCUUUCUUUUGUUUCAGUCAAUUGUCUUUUGCUUUGUCUCUGAUUCACUAACUAGAACUAGAUCAUCCUAUUGUCCUUGAACGUACAUUUGCAUUUAUUCUUAUGAGAAAUCGAACCGUUAAUGAUCUUUGGUAUGACCUUGCCUUCUUUUCUUUUAUAAUCGUUGUAUAUUCCAACAAAUAUAUUUGUUUACAUCGUGAUAAAUUCCUCACAGCUGACUGAUGGUAACCGAUUCGGCUCAGCAA